UCGUACAAGAAAAAGAAGAGUUUCCAAUACAUUGCUUGUGGAACCAUGGUCGGGACGUGGGUCAUAGCACUAAUCAUAUGGUUCAUAUCACGUUUAGCAGAAAUGGACUUCUCUUACCAAGAUAAAACUGAUGCAAUUGAAAGUGUACAUAUUUCUUCAGAAGCUGAAGAAAAUGCAGUGAAGCAACUUUUAAUUAGACUCAUCCCUGACAGAGCUGAGCAGUUUAUUAUAAAAGUCAACAACCAUCUCGAUGACAUUGAUUACUUUCAGAUUGAAAGCGGUGAUGAUAAAAUAAUAAUUACUGGCACCCGAGGUUAUGCUGCAGCUGCCGGAGUGCAUCACUACUUAAAAUAUUUCUGUGGAUGCCAUAUAGCUUGGUCUGGAAGUCAACUUAAUUUGCCGAAAGAUCUACCAAAGCCCGCUAAACCACUGAAAAUUAAAUUCAACGACAAAUACAGGUACUACCAGAAUGUUUGUACCUCAAGUUAUUCUUACGUGUGGUGGACAUGGGAGAGAUGGGAGCAAGAAAUCGAUUGGAUGGCCCUAAAUGGAAUAAAUCUAGCGCGCACCGCUCAGGAGGCAAUUUUUGCAAAGGUCUUUAAAGAGCUGAAUUUUACUGACCACGAUAUCAAUGUUUUCUUCACUGGUCCAGCUUUUCUCGCUUGGAACAGGAUGGGAAACCUGCAAGCCUGGGUAGGACCAUUAACAGAAAAUUGGCAUGAGAUACAAGUCAAACUGCAACAUCGAAUUCUGGAACGGAUGAGAGACUUUGGAAUGACACCUGUUCUUCCUGCAUUUAGCGGACGCGUUGUGCCUGCUUUCAAAAGAGUAUUCCCGAAUGCGUCUACAACUUAUUUGAACAAGACCUGGGGGCAUUUCCAAGCACCCUAUACUUUUGUUACCUUUUUGGAACCCACUGAUCCUUUGUUCAUGAAGAUUGGAGUAAAAUUCUUAAAUACAUACAUAAAGGAAUUUGGAACAAAUCACAUCUACAAUGUGGAUCUAUUCAAUGAAAUGCCGCCGCCAUCGAACGAUGCAGUUUAUUUACGGUCAUGUGCUGAAUCAGUGUUCAAAACUCUUGUAGCGGCCGAUCCUAAAGCCAUUUGGAUGAUUCAAGGAUGGAUGUUUUACUCAGAUCCACAAAUUUGGAAACCCCCUCAAGCAAAGGCUUUCCUUCAAGCCGUUCCUCUGGGCAAAAUGAUUGUUUUGGAUCUGCAAUCAGAAUUAUAUCCUCAGUAUCAAAAUUUGGAAUCAUAUUAUGGCCAGCCCUUCAUUUGGUGCAUGUUGCACAACUAUGGAGGUGUUACAGGUCUUUAUGGUUCCCUGGAGAAUGUGAAUAAGGGACCAUUUGAAGGAAGAACUUUUAAUGGCAGUACGAUGAUUGGUACUGGAAUAACACCAGAAGGUAUUGAAACUAAUGAUAUAGUUUAUGAAUUGAUGAAUGAAAUGGCUUGGCGUAAACAACCAGUGGAUUUGGAAAAUUGGUUAAACAAUUAUUCAUUACGUCGGUAUGGAAAUCAUUCUUCCAACCUAGUUCAAGCAUUAUACUACUUAAAGAGGAGUGUAUACAAUGCAACAGUACCUUACAGAAACCAUGGAAAAUAUAUACUCAUUAGAAGACCUUCCUUAAAACAGAAACCAUACAUCUGGUAUGAUCCGAAGGAUGUUUUCAUAGCCUGGAACUUAUUUUUGAAAGCAUCUCAAGAAACACUAAUUCAAAAUUCCAGUCUUUAUAAACAUGACUUAGUCGAUUUAACUCGACAAAGUUUGCAGAUCGUGAUGGAUGUUUAUUAUCCAAAAAUAGUGCAUGCUUUUAAGAAACGAAAUAUAACCGCUCUUAGGUUAGUUUCAGAAUCUAUAUUAAAUCUGUAUGACGAUAUGGAUAUUUUACUGUCGUCAGAUAAGCAUUUUCUUCUUGGACGUUGGAUACAGGAUGCUGUACACUUAGCAAAAACCCCAUUAGAGCUAGUGCAAUAUGAAUAUAAUGCUAGGAACCAGAUUACACUCUGGGGGCCUUCAGGAGAGUUAGUCGAUUAUGCAAAUAAACAAUGGGCUGGACUUAUUGCACAAUAUUACCGAAAGCGGUGGCAUUACUUCUUGAAAUAUUUGGAGUGCUGUAUAUUAAACAGGCGACCUUUCAAACAAAGUGAUUUCAACAAAAACGUAUUUAAUGAUGUUGAAUUUCCAUUCAAUAUGGGACGUGAAGUUUAUCCACACUAUCCAACAGGUGACCCUGUUCAGAUUUCAGAAAACCUCUACAAGAAAUAUGGACAAAUUGCAUACCUCUUCUAGUUUAUCCUUUCUACAUCUUCAAAACAGCAACUAAAUUAUAUAUCAAACCAAAUUAUAUACCAAAGCAUUUGUCAGCUUUUCAAUGCUAAUUUAUCCAAAAAGUGCAUUUGUUCAAGUUUAUUGUUCUGUUAUUUGUCUUGCAUUAAAAUAUUUAAAAUAAAAGCAUGUAUACAGUU